AUGGCAAAUGAGCUCAAUUCGAGUGUUGAGCAACUUUUACAAGAGGUUAGUUCGCAGUUGAGCAUGAUCUGAUGAAAGUUGGACUAUGAUUUCGUUGCAGUGCUCCUCGACGCUCCACUUCGCCGCCUUCCACGCGAGUCUCCUCUUCCACUCGCUCGUCGCCCUCGCCUCCUUCUUCGCCAUCUUCCACUUUCUCGAGAAACACAUUAAAAACUCGCCGAUCCACAAAAGUUUCAAAUUCCUCAUAGUCGCCUAUUUCUUCAAUCGAUGCAUUCAUGGAGUCGUGUUCGUCACUGCGGCGGUAAGAUUUCACAGAACACUGGGAACAAUUGGAUUCAUGUUGGCAGACAUCCUUCUGGUACCGAUUUGCAAUGUUCAGCGACGACGUCACCGACAGUAUCGCAAUGGAGCCCGGCAAUUACAAGUACCUCCAUUUGAUUUACGCCCUAGUUCAGGUGACCGAUGUCACUAUCAAGGUGCGCUCGCUUUUUUAGGCCUAUUGUAUCCAAUUUUCCACUUUUUUCCGAUGCUUCUCGUUCUCGAACGAUUCAGGGCGACGAGUCGAGUGAGUCGCUACGAAAAAGAGGCGUCGUCCGCGGCGAGAUCGAUUCAUUUGGCUAUUGUCAGUCUCGGGUUUCGGUAGUUUGACCUGGCUUCCCCUGUUCCAGAUGCUUCUUUGUCCGAUCAGUGUAGUAUACUUAUCGUUUCGGGGCGCUGAUUUCGAUAAUAGUCCCGGAUGUUAUGCAUUGUUCGCUCCCAGAAAUACAGUGUACUGGGUGAGUUCGUCGGACCCUAGUGACCAUAGUCCUGGACAGUUCUCACCUAUUUCCGGCCAUUUCCAGGUCAACAUCCUCUUCGUAACAUCCCUCCUUCUCACAAUUCUCUCCUUCGUCCUCCUCAGAUGCCUCAUCCUCCUGAACAGCAAAAAACUGAAAAUGUAGGUCCAAAAGAAAUCUCGAAAAGAAAACUGGGCAGUUGCAGCCACCACUUCCAACUGACGACUCGCUACCAAAUCCGCGAGAACCUCACCUGUACCCACCUGAUCUCCACCGUUCUCGUCGCCAGUCUCGCCGUCUCCAUUCUCUACGCCGCUUCCAUGUUGGUCUUAAGGACGGCGCACUUUCAAGUUUUCAUCGACAACCGCCCGCUCUUCAGCACUGUCAAACUCGCGCUUUAUGUAGGCACACAUGCAUGAAAAUGGAUAUUAUGCAUUCAGUAUUUCAGCCCAUGCCCCUCGCCGAUUCGAUAAUUCCAAUGUACUCGGCAAGUCAGAUGGACAGGACGAAAAGCGCCAAAAUGUGCUCGUUGAAGAACGCAAUUUCCACGGCGACCUCUGUCAAAAAGUCGACGGAUGCGUAUGAGCGAAUUCUGAGGGCUCAGUGGGCUUAG